CCAUUGGAAUAAUCUGUGCCCGGUUCACUGUCAGUCAGUACCGAGUGUUGACUGAGCGGCGGAGGAUUUUUCAGCCUCGGUUAACCUGCAGCUCACCGCCCGAAGCCCCGCAGUGUCCCGCAGUUUUAAACGGAACAGAUAGGACGACUGGCACUGCUUCAUACUGCUGUGUGAUCACAAGAAGAUGGGACUGGAGUGAAUGGAGUGCAGUUUGGAGAGCAUUUGCCACUACUGUCCUGAAGUUUCAAAUCCCUGCAGCCACAUCAGUGAAAAGCCCCACUGCUGGUCUAGGAUCAUCCUCUGUAGCCCUCUACAGUCAUAUCACUGCCAACAAGACAAACCUCCACUAACUUCAAUCUAAUCAGGAGAAGAUGGAGAACUGACUGGUGACCAGUGGGCGACAGAAGGCAGCUCCUCCCUCCCUGUCCACCAACAGCCAUGGCGGGGCUCAAACGUCAUCAUGAUGGGAAGAUUGCCGGGCUGUACGACCUAGACAAGACGUUGGGUCGGGGACACUUUGCUGUAGUCAAAUUGGCCCGACACGUAUUCACUGGGGAAAAGGUUGCAGUGAAGGUGAUAGAUAAGACUAAGCUGGACCCAGUGGCGCGAGGUCACCUUUUCCAGGAGGUGCGAUGCAUGAAGCUGGUGCAGCACCCCAAUGUGGUGCGCCUCUACGAGGUCAUUGACACGGCCACCAAGCUCUACCUCAUCCUGGAGCUGGGAGAUGGAGGAGACAUGUACGACUGCAUCAUGAAGCGUGAUGGAGGCCUCAGUGAAGAGGUGGCCAAGUGUUACUUUGCCCAGAUUGUCCACGCCAUCUCCUACUGCCACCGGCUACAUGUGGUGCACAGGGACCUGAAGCCAGAGAACGUGGUGUUCUUCGAGAAGCAAGGGGUCGUCAAGCUCACCGACUUCGGCUUCAGCAACAGGUUUCAGCCCGGGAUAUCGCUCAACACGUCCUGCGGCUCGUUGGCCUACUCUGCCCCUGAAAUACUGCUGGGGGAUGAGUACGACGCUCCUGCUGUGGAUAUCUGGAGUCUGGGGGUAAUCCUCUUCAUGCUGGUCUGUGGUCAACCCCCCUUCCAGGAGGCGAACGACAGUGAGACGCUCACUAUGAUCAUGGACUGUAAAUACACAGUGCCACUGCACAUCUCCAAUGCAUGCAGAGAUCUUAUAGGCCAUAUGCUGCAGAGGGACCCCAGGAAACGAGCGACCUUAGAGCAGAUCGAGGGCCACGAAUGGCUUCAAGGUGUCGACCCCUCCCCGGCCACCAAGCUGUCCACCCCGCUGGUGUCCCAUCGCAGCUUGUCGGAAGAAGAGCAUGGCUCUAUAAUCCAACGCAUGGUGCUGGGGGCCAUCGCAGACAGAGACACCAUAACUGAGGCUCUGGAGUCGAAUCAGUACAACCACAUCACAGCUACCUACUUUCUGCUGGCUGAGAGGAUGCUGAGGGACAAGCAAGAGAAGGAGCAACACAGCCAGACACGAUCGCCUAGUCCCAGCAAGGCCCAGUUCAGGCAGUCCUGGCCCACCAGAGUGGAUGUUCACCAGGAUGUCAGUGAUGGCUUGGGUGGUCCAUCUAUCUCCCACCCCGGGGGGCCCCAGUCCCCAGCCCGCAGUGCUGAGAGCCUCCACAAAGGCCCCAGGCCGAAAACAGCUCUACUGGAUCUCAGCCAGCGUAACCAUGUGCCAACGUCCAGCCAACAGCCUGCUCACCAGAACCAGGAGAGGGGGCUCAGGCCUUUGGCGAAGCCCCACUCCAACCCCCUCAGGCUGGGUUCUCUGGCCUCAGUGGGCCCUUGCAAACCCCGUAGUCCAAGUCUUUUCAGUGUAGAAGAGGAUGAGGAAGAAGAGGGUGAGGGAGGCAAAUGUUUGCACCCCUCCACGCUACCUGCUCAGGUGGUGCUUCGUUGCAAAGCCUCCUCCUCAUCAUCUGGUAAUCGAUUGACAUCCCGUAUGAGCGCUCCGGUACUCAACCAGAUCCAUGAGGAGGAGAAAGAGGAUGAGGAAGAGGAGGAGAGGGGGGAGCUGCAUGGACUUGGCCCACCUAAACCGAGCCUCAGCCUCAAUCUGAACUCCAGAAUACCAUCACUGUCAACGCUCAUAUCACCUAAAACUGUAACGGCACCAGUCGCCACACUGACUCCCAGCUCAGAGACCAGUGAUGAUGAUACAGAAAGUCACCACAAUCCUGACACAGCAACUAUCGGUGGCCAUGGCGACGACAGAGAAGAAAGGAAAGAAGAUGGAGGGAAAAGAGGGGCAGGGCAGGGCAGUCCCUCCAACUGUGCCAGUCCGGGAUCAGGCCAAGGCAAGGGCACAGCCAAAGCUCCCAGCGGCCUAGUGGAAAGCCUAAAGCUUAUGAGCUUGUGCUUGAGCUCUCAGUUCCACAACCUGACUGGGGGAGGAGGGGGAGGAGGUGGUGGCAGCGGGGUUGGUGUUGGGGGAGAUGCUCAGGACCGUCCAAUGUGGAGGAUGUGCAUGGGAGGCUCCACCGGCAGCCUGGAUAAGGUCUCGCUCUUGGGUGGCCCUUCACCUAGGGGGAACCUCUAUCACCGCCAGCCCCCACUAGGAGACGCGCUGGCAGACCCACUGCUGGAGGGUCCCUGCUCCGGCACGCUGAGAUUGGGAGAGCUGGACCUGGCAAGAGAGAACCACAGAAACAUGAAGAACCGGGUGCUGCAGAUGCCUCUGAGCGACAAGACUCUGUCUGUUAACAUCCACCGGAACCCCAAGGAGGGUCUGCUCUGCACUCCCACCCCUCACAGCUGCUGUCAAGUUAUCUAAAGUGCAGACAGCCACUCCAUGAGCUGCUGCACCUCCACACUCCUCCACCCUUCUGUACAUCCCACAUCUUCACGCUUUUUAUUUAGUUGUCACCAUAAGCUCAUGAUUUCACAACAUUUUUGUGUUUAUUGCUGUUUUCUCUUAUUUAACACUUAUGGUGGAUUUACUGGGAGAAAGCCAACCUUGCACAAUAAGAGAUACGAAAAGUCUGUUUUAGCCCUUUGGUGUAUUUAAAUGGCAGACAUUAAGUAUGGAAACAGAUACAGGACGUGUUUGUUAACAUUUUUUGCUCACAUACAUACAUACACAUACAUACAUCCUAUAUGUACACACAAUGUGCACAUCCACAAACACCUACAUCACUCUGAUAAGCUGAUGAAAGGGAAAGCUGAGGAGUUUUAAUAUCAUGUUACAUAUAGUUUUUUGUUGCACUUUGAUGCUGUUUUUUUAUUAAUAUAAUUUUUAAAUUAUUUUUUUGAGACAAUCAUUUUAUCCUUUUUUUAAAAUUCUGAAAAAGUUAUGACUGUGUUUUCAUUAAAAUGAGGACAAAUAAAAGAGGGAACACCUGAAAUGGACAGCAGCACUUAAAGUAUGAUGGUGGCACAUGGUAUUUUGUAGUCUAUCACUGUUUUAUUUUUCUAUCUCGCUCUGCAACAAAAUGCACACUCACUUGUCAGGUGUAUGUGCAAUUACACAGCAGAGUUUGUACAUAUGUGAAUAACCUCUAAGACUCCUAGCAGUACUCUGUACCUGUAGUAUUGACGGCAAAGUUGUAUUGCAGUAGAAACCUGAAUAUUAGAGCCUUAUACACCAUUAUUCUUCACUCCUACUGGAUAUCCAAGGUUUUGGUUGAACCCAGACCUACAAAUGCAGGCAGGAAAAGAUCACUGAAAUAGAUCUGAGGUCUACACUUAACACACAUGAAAUGGCAGCUCUCUAAAUUCAGAGUGAAAGAAUACUGGGUGGAACCGAAACCAUGUACAUCCCGUAGCUUGCCAGGAUCACGGUAGCCACUGUUGUAGCGUAUUCCAAGACGAAAACAACCAAGGGGUUUCAAUAGAACAUAACAACACGGCCCCUUCAAGUGUCGGUAUGUGUAACUGGAUGUGUGACCCACCCCUAGUGGAAUAUAUAACUUGACAGUGCAUGUGUUUUUGCUGUAGCAACCUUAAUCCUACCCACUGAGGUCAAUCCACCUGCUGUAACUACCUAAGUAACAGAUUCAAAUGGUCACUUUACUGUAGCCUCACAGCAAUACCAACGACUGCAAAAUGUACAACAAAAAUGGAUGUGCCAUAAAAUCUGUCUUGAGCAUAUUGUACUGUAUGUAUAUGAUAGAGAUCUAUUCAAAUAAACAGACGUGAAUGAA